UGUCGUUGUAUGAUAGAUUGAACUAACCUUUAUAAUACCUGUUCCCUAUAAAGAAGGAACGGCUGUCGAGAUUGCUUCUAUUAGUAUAGGGUCUGACUACCCGUUCCCGUACGUGUUGAGUGCUAUUUACGUUUAUCUCAAUCAAGCAAACCCUAGCUAUAAAUCCCACAAAAGCAUCCUUUCCAACUGAAUCAGUGUUGCGCCUUCUACUUGUCAGCUCAUCCAUCGCAAGUGAUGCGUUAUGAGCUUUAUCUAUGAAAGGCGCACAAGGAAAUCGCGUCUUCUCUCGCGAAACACCAUCAUCAACCUCCUCCGCUUCUUUUGGGUCGUAAUAGUCAUUUGGUGCGAGUUCGGUGUCUUUUUUUAUAGUUUAUCAGAUUGCAAGUGGCCAGACAAGGAGUUGAGGGAGGCUGGACCCAGCCAGAAGCCAACCCGAGUCCUCUUGAUUUCCGACCCCCAACUUCCAAACCCGAGGCGUUCCGGGAUUUCAUGGUUCGGCCAUGACGCAUCCUCUACGAGGUACUUGCGGAAAGGCUGGAGUGUCGUCACUCGCUUGCAUCCUCAUGUAGUUGUCUGGCUAGGCGACGUGCUUGCCUCUGGACGUUACGUUACGAACGAAGAAGAGUACGAAGACUACGUGGAUGAAUUCAAAGGGAUAUUUACCACGGACAAAUCCGUGCCAAAUUAUUUUGUUCCUGGAAAUACUGAUGUGGGUCUCGGAGAGUCUUCUGCUUUCUCAAAGAAUGCACGUAAAUACUUUACGGAGUACUUUGGACCUUUGAAUCAAGAGGUCACUCUGGCCGGUCAUAGGUUUGUCUUCAUUGACGCCCCUGGGUUAGUUGAUGAGGAUUACCGCCGACAUGGGAUGGGCAAGCAGUACGAAACUUGGACACCAGCCGCAGGUGGUCCGAUCGAGUUCAUAGCUUCCCUUGCCAUCAAGGUCCCAUCAUCUUAUUUAGCCAUAUCCCAUUGUCCCGACCAGCAAGUACAUCUUGCGGACCACUCCGUGAAAAAGGCUCUAUACGAGCCAGUGCAGGGCCACGGGUAUCAGAAUAUGCUCGGCAAACAAACCACAGGAUUUGUUCUGCACACCCUUCGUCCAGCAGCGGUCUUUAGCGGUGACAACCGAGAUUACUGCAACAUGACCCAUCGACUCUCCACAACAGAUACCAGUAUUCUAGAAACGAACUCCGUCCGCGAAGUGACCGUAAAAUCAUUUUCCCGAUCCAGGCACAUCAGACGCCCAGGCUUCCAGCUCCUUUCUCUCAUUCAUCCAGACUAUGUGGCAUCACCCUCUAGCCCUACAUUCGCAGAUGUGCAUUGCCUUCUGCCCGAUACAUUCCGCAUCUUCAGCUCGAUAUACCUCCCUGCGCUCGUACUCACCGCUAUCGCAAUCUUGUACCAAAAUAUCGCACCUAACCGGCACUAUCGCCGGUUCUCCACUCUCUCGCCUGUCUCCGUCAAUAGGAGCAGACCGGGAUCCCCACCGCCAGGCCCAGAAUCUGCGAUAUGGACAAAUUGGUCUCCGCGGAACGGUCCGACGAGUCCGACGACCACCCUCCCACCAUCUUUGCGUAUCCCCAGUGCAAAAGAGAUCUUCACAUUCCGUGCCUUGUCCUCGAGCUCCCCCGAAUCACCGCAUAGUUCCCCACUCCUCAGCCCUAUUCCGCUCUUCCACGCUGGGCACGAGGACGAGAUGAACCCCAUACACUAUCCAUCGCAGCAUCACAACGAUCAUGCGUGGCCUUCGGGCGAAGACACUCAUGAGGCACCGACGUUCCUUCCCUCACCGAGUGCACGUCGAUCGGACAAGAGAUGGUCGUGGAGCUGGAGCUUCGUGUUCCGAGGGAGGAGGCGGCGGAUGACGAUUACGCUGCCGACGUGGGGCGAGAUGACGAAGCUUGCUUCGUUUGGUGAUAGUACGAGCAAAGGGAAGCGGAGGGGGCUGGUGUGGAGGCUGGCGGGUGACAGCGUUAGCGUGGCACUGCCUGCGGUUAUUAUAUGGGCUUUGAUUGGCUGGCUGUUCUUUUGA